AUGGCCAAGGUCUUUGCUUUGAAACUCAUUUGGCGUCUUCACUCUAAGUCUGAUUCUCUGUGGCCAAUUUGGGUCCAUAAGUAUCUAUUGAAGACCGAGGUAUUCUGGGAUGCUAGGGAAAGUGUUACAGGGUCUUGGGUCUGGUGGAAGUUGUUGAAGCUCCGGCCAGUGGCUAAAUUUUUUCUCAAGUUGGCGAUAAAGAAUGGAGAAUCGGUUAAGUUCUGGCUCGAUAUCUGGCACCCUAUGGGGCAUCUCAUUGAUGUCUAUGGGGAAAUAGGCACUAAGAAGCUUGGGAUCUGUCGCAAUGCCCGUGUUUGUGAUGUUGUGGUCGGAACAGAGUGGAGAUUCCGAAGCACUCGUGACCGCACACUCCAGGCCAUCGUUUCACAGGUUAGGAGUUUUCCGUCACUAUUACACCGGAUGAAGAAGAUGAAGUAA